GAGAGCCUUCUGCUGUACAUGUGUGUAUACAGGCUGACCUACCCCAGCUGUGGAGCCUCUGUGUGAGCGUAAGCCUGCGUUUUGGCCAACCUUCUUAGAAAAUAGCAAAGAGAUAGAGAGAGAGUCUGAGUGCUUGCAUGUAUGUGUGUGAGUAUGUGAGUGUUGAGUGGUUUCUGAGACGUGCUCUGUAAGCAAGAGCGGAAGAUGCCGGCCAUUCUGGUCGCCUCUAAGAUGAAGUCGGGACUGCCCAAACCGGUGCACAGCGCCCUGCCCAUUCCUCAGCGACAAAACAAUUCCAGGUCCAGGACCUCAGACACAGCCCCCUGAAAGCCCCUCACCGGCAGGGAGAGCGCCGGGGAGAGGACGGGGGGGAGGAAAUGACCACCCCCACCAAAAGGCUCUCAACCACAGGGAGUGACGACCGAGAGGACCCUCAGAUUUACACGGACUGGGCCAACCAUUAUCUGGUGAAGUCGGGCCGUCAGCGACUGAUCAAGGACUUGCAGCAGGAUGUUACAGAUGGAGUGCUACUGGCUGAGAUCAUACAGCUUGUGGCAAAUGAGAAGAUAGAAGACAUCAAUGGCUACCCUAAGAGCCGGACUCAGAUGGUGGGUGUUGGUGCUGUGUUUAAUCUGUCACAUAAGGGGAUCAAUCCUCCACACCCUAAAACAGAGACACCAGGGAGGCUUGCACUACUAACGACAUUAUAG